AUGAAUUUGUUUGCACAAACAACGGCUACUGUUAUCCUACCUCUUCUUCUCCUUGUCUCCCUUUUCUGUUAUAUCAAUGUUUCUUUGGCGCAGAAUUGUAAGAGUCAAAUUUCACGUACUAUUAUAGUUGAUCAAUCUGGAAAGUCAAAAUUUAAAACCGUUCAAUCUGCAAUUGAUUCAAUACCUGAAAAUAACAACCAAUGGGUGAAAAUUCACAUCAAUGCUGGAACCUACAAAGAGAAGGUUCAUAUUCCAUGUCAGAAGCCAUGCAUUUUUUUGGAAGGGGAAGGCAUAGACGUUACUACUAUUACAUACAAUGAUCACCAAUCAACUGAUGAAAGUGCCACAUUCUCUUCUUCUCCAGACAAUGUCGUUGCAAGCAAGAUUACAUUUAAGAGAGAAGGUUCAUAUUCCAUGUCAGAAGCCAUGCAUUUUUUUGGAAGGGGAAGUUUGCAGAACUCGUUCGAUGUGGGGAAAAUGUUGAGUUUGCAAGAAAUAAAAGAUGGAAAUGAUGUUGUGCCAGCAUUGUCAGCAAGAAUAUAUGGAGACAAAUCUGGGUUUUAUGAUUGUAGGUUUAACUCGUUCGAUGUGGGGAAAAUGUUGAGUUUGCAAGAAAUAAAAGAUGGAAAUGAUGUUGUGCCAGCAUUGUCAGCAAGAAUAUAUGGAGACAAAUCUGGGUUUUAUGAUUGUAGGUUUGUGGGAUAUCAAGAUACAUUAUGGGAUGUGGAAGGUCGUCAUUAUUACAAAAAUUGUAUUAUCGAAGGUGCUGUAGAUUUUAUAUUUGGUAGUGGUCAGUCUUAUUUCNAGGAUUGUGUGAUAAAUGCAACAUCCCCAGGGUUCAUAACAGCCCAAGGGCGUGAAUCAGAUAAUGACCCAAGUGGUUUUGUGUUCAAAGGGGGUUCUGUGGUUGGCUCCAACCCUGCUUCAUCUUUCUUGGGACGAGCCUAUGGUCCCUAUUCUCGAGUUAUCUUUUAUGGAACUAAUUUGGAAAAAUUUUGUGAGCAAAUACUCAGGGAUAAAUUCACGUAUGGCGAAGUUAACUGUAAGGGAGCAGGGGCAAAUUUGUCCAAGCGGGUCCCUUGGGAGAAGAAAUUGGUUGCUACACAGCUAAACCAAUUUUCAAGAUCAUCCUUCGUAGACCAUGAUAAUUGGAUUUUACAGCAGCAAACUUCUUUGACCAUAGGUGAAACAUGACACACUCAAACACUUUGAUAAACCACUUUUGAUAAGGAUGUCAAAGUAAAAUAUGUCUCACUAUAUUUAUGUAAUACGUAGCAAAAUUAACAAACGAAUAAUAGCCAUCAUUGUCACUUUUUUAGUUUCUU